AUGCAGCAACUUCCCGAGCAUCAGCAACAUACCCAAUAUGCCCAGGAAGUAGCUCCUCGCCCCCUGCAAGCCACACCACAAUCGGGAAGACCUACAGCAAGUUCCAUUUAUCCUUCGGCCUCAGUAGUAGAAGUCAAUGUUGCUGACUACCCACCGCCCCAAACCCCAAUUUCCGAUAAAGCCGUUUCUGUUUCUCACGAGGAGGUGCCAGCAACUAGUGCAGUCGAUCAGGUUUCCAACUUACUGGGCAAUGUGACCAUUCGCGAGGCCACUUCGUCACAGAACACUCCUCCGGGGGCUGACAAUGUCGACUUCCCCGACUACAAAAGAGCCAUUCCCCGCAUCACAGAAGAUGGCAAACCCAACACGAUCGCUUGGGAGUGCCCGGCAGACCGAGAGGUUGAGUAUGAAACGGACUGGUAUCAUAUACCAGACAUCCCAAACUUCCUCGUCUGCACACACUGCCACGAGAGAUGCCUUGCGCAAACUCCCCUGGAAGACUCUUUUAAACGCACUCGGGAACCAAAUGGACGUUGUCGGUUCAAUGCUCCCCGCAUCACCAGACUCCUUCUACCGGAGUGUCUCAGGCGCAAAGAAAUUGCUCCUCUGCGAGAGUUCAUGACAGCUCGAUUCGAUGUCCAGGACUGCAAGGGCCCCUCGGGCGCCGAUGGAUCAGCGGGAAUCAAAUGGUUCAAACCACUUGACGACAGACUAGACGGCUUCGUAUCUUGCGAUGCCUGCUAUCAAGAUGUCGUGCUGGCAACAUCGUUCCGUGACAAAUUUGUUCCGCAUGACUCACCUCAAGCGUCUGACGACAUCUGGGCCUGCGACAUAUGCCUCCCCUUCAUAAAUCGAUCGAUAGUCAAGCUUUCAAAGAGAGGGCUAGAUGGCUGGAAUGAAUGGGCACCAAUAGCAGCAAAGCACAUCGCUCUUCCUGAAUGCGACAAGGGGCCUGUAUCACCCUCCUCGAGGCGCUGGAUGCAACUGCGCGGCCAGCGAUACCCAGAUUUCAAGAUUUGUGAAAAAUGCUACGAAAAACACGUGGCCCUGACCACACUAGACAAGGAGUUUGAAUCUGUUCCACAUGUGCCAAGUCACACGGGGUUAGACUGGAUGGACGCCGCUCUGGGUUACACAACGACAGAGCCGACCCCCAUUACAUGCAGCAUGAACGGCUUGCCUACUGAGGUCGCCCUCAUAGCUGCCAAUGACUUUCAGGACAUCAACGUUCUCCACCAAGCUCUAGAGGUUAUCAUCUCGUGCCCGCCGUGUACUGACCGGGGCAUCAUCAACGGCACAUGGUACACCUUGACUGACGGCGACUGCGACGGCUACAGGAUAUGCGCUCCAUGCCACGCCGCUUUCAUUGCUCCGUUCGGGCUGGAUCGAUUCUACGAGCAGUCCAGGAGUGAAGAAGUAGGCGAGACCUACGUCUGCAGCUUCGAGCGUUCCGCCCCGCGAUGGCUGGAACACAUGAACCUCAACGCGGAAGCCGUCGAAACCGGCGUGUGGUCCCGCUACUCCGUCUUCGCCCGCAAGUUCGCCGGCGUCCCGCACUGCGCUAGAGAAAACCUCGUCGACAACCGCCGCUGGUACGGCUGGGAUGACUGCACAAUCUGCCCAGAGUGCUACAUCACCUUCUGCGCGGCGAGCUCGCCCCCUUCUCCCAGAAUCACCAUGGGAUUCAACAACGACCUCGUCGUCGAGAAGAGGAUGUGCUGCCUGUACUCCCCGCGCAUGCGGCAAAAGUGGAUCGAGGCGUGCGAGACGGGCAAUGCAGAGGCGCUGAUCGAGUUUUCAAGGGUGCGGCACGGGGUUUGGGUGCAGACUAUACUGCAAGUCAAGGCGCUUCGCCAGAUGCAGGACAUGCAGUUUGCUAAUGCCAUGCAUGCGGGAUACAUGAGUGUCACCUACCAGGGGAUCGAAAGCUUCAAAGUCGUGGCUGGCACGACGGAUGGGUACGAGUAUGGGAAUAGUCAGCUUGGAUGGCAUGCGACGCAGGAGGGCGUGACGAGCGCUGCUUUUUCGAAUCAGAUGCGGGCUGGUAUGGCUCAAUCUACUAGUUCGGGUACUUGGAACACGAUAUGGCAGUUGUUGGUGCAAUGGUCCGAGUAUGAGUAG